GUUUCCAAGGCGACAGCAGAAGGCCAGGGAGUCUUCAAACCAUUUUACUUGCCAUUGAAUCACUUCUACAUCUACCUGAGUUCUUACCUAAAGCUUUAUUUUCCAGUUCAUGAAAAAUGCGGCACAUCUGAAUUUAGAUGUAGGAAUGGCCAAUGCAUAUCUUACUCUCUGCGUUGUGAUGGCAACCGAGACUGCCUGGACCACUCAGAUGAAGAAGGCUGUCCUGCUGCCUGGCCGCUGCGGUGCCCAGGAGGGGAGGUGAAGUGCCCAAGGAGUGGAGAAUGUGUGUUGGCAGACUGGAUAUGUGACCACGACUUAGACUGCAAAGAUGGAACCGAUGAGAAGGACUGUGACCCUGAGGAGCUUCGCUGUGGCUCCAGGCAGUGGUCCUGUGCAAGUGGAGACCAGUGUGUGCCUGACUCGUGGCUCUGUGAUGGGCAGCGUGACUGCAGGGACGGCAGUGAUGAGGCUGGAUGCCCCCCUGAGAAGUGCCAGAGUUCUGAGUUCCAGUGUCGCUCCCAUGCCUGCCUCAACGUCAGCCUGGUGUGUGACGGGAAGGAGGACUGUGCCGAUGGCUCGGAUGAAGGUGGAAAGUGCUCGUCAUCAGCAUGCGGCCAAGCGCAGUGUUCUCACUCCUGCUACAAGUCCCCACAGGGGCCUACAUGUGCUUGUGAGCAAGGCUUUGAGCUGAAGAGCAGUGGCCAAAUCUGCAAGGAUGUGGAUGAGUGCCAGAAGUUGGGUGGUCAGCCUUGCAGUCAGACCUGUGUCAAUACCAGGGGCUCCUACAGCUGUACCUGUCAUCCUGGCUACUUGCUGGAGCCUGAUGGCCACACCUGUAAAGCAACAGGUCCUGAACCAAUCCUGCUUGUGGCAAUUCAGUUUAACCUGCUCCUCUACGGAUUGAGGAGCUUGAAAGAAGAUAUUCUGGCAACUACAGACAAGAACUUGAUUAUUUUCUCUAUUGACUAUGACCUCGUGGAGCAGAAAAUCUUCUGGACAGAUCUCGGUGCGGAAAGUAUCAAGUGGAUCAGCAUGGACACGAAGAAGAAAGGGACCAUGGUGAAAGGGAUAAAGUCAGACUGUAUAGUGGUUGACUGGAUCGGGAGAAAUCUCUACUGGAUGGAUGGGACAGCUGGCCGGAUUUUGGCAAUUCAGUUGACUGCUAUUUGGAGAGGAAAAUCUGAGUACACGAUCGUCCUGGACGACGACUUGAAUCAAGCACGGUCUUUGGCUUUAGAUCCCCUAAAUGGGUUAAUGUACUGGUCUGAAAUUGGAGGAGAACCUCAAAUAGAACAAGCUGGAAUGGAUGGUAGCAGCAGAAAAAUACUCAUCAAUCAAGGUCUUGGCUGGCCAACUAGCAUAGCUCUUGACCAGUUGAGUUGGAAGAUAUUCUGGUCUGAUGACAAAUUUCACUGUAUUGGCUCUGCCAAUCUAGAUGGUACUGGUAUUAGUAUGUUGCAGCUAACACAAAUCAAGAACCCCUUUUCGGUCGCUGUGUUUGAAGAUGAAGUCUUCUGGUCUGAAAUGAAGACGAGAACAGUACAGCGCAUGAAGAAGACGACAGGCAAGAACAGGGCUGUCCUCAUCAAGCGUUUUGAACAGCCUUAUGGACUCAAGAUAAUGCAUGCUGUGCUACAGCCCAGGUCUUCUAAUCCUUGUCUGGACACAGGAUGUUCUCACUUGUGCCUUCUGAGCCCACGAUCCAAGGGAAGCUGUCAUUGCCCAGUUGGACUCCUGCUUGCAGAUGACGGCAUCAGCUGUGUUCCACUCGAGGAGUCUGCGUUUCUGUUCCUUGUGUUUCCCACAGUUAUCACACAGAUUUAUGUGAAAAAUCUAGAAACUUCGCUAGGACAAGCAACUUUACCAGAACAUAGGAUACUUCCCUUUACCAAUGUGAACCAGCUUGCGUCAGUGGAUUACCUUGUCCAGGAAAAGACCCUCUACCUUUCAGAGUCGGAUAGUGGUGAUAUCAGACUGCUGAGGCUCAAAGAAUCUGGAAAGCUCUCUUGGAGGAAAAUCAUAUCUGUGGAGGGGACAGUGAUCGACCUUGCUGUGGACUGGUUCAGUGGAAACAUAUAUUGGAUUGACAGUGAGAAUCCUCACAUCAGUGUAGCUUCCUCAAAAGGCCAGUAUUCCACUGUCUUGUUCAGUGAAAAUCUUUACCGCCCAACCUCUGUUGUGCUCCACCCACCUACUGCAAUCAUGUGCUUUGUGGACCAGGGUUCCCAGGAGGACAGUAAGCGUGGCUCCAGCAUUGAAUGUGCCUCCAUGGAUGGCAGCAGGAGGAAGGUGCUGUGGCAGAAAUCUGAGGUCCCUGUGGGCCUGACCUUUUCAGAUUCAGAGACCCGAGUGUACUGGGCUGACGCUGGGAGAGGACUCAUAGAAAGCAUUCAACAAGAUGGCUCUAGAUACAGAGUAGACCGCAGAGGCAUUCAGGGCCUUAACCUCUUUACGUAUGGCCAAGGCAUGAUGUUCUGGACAACAAUUGAUGACGCUCAAAUCACUAAAGUUUGGUACAGCAAGGCAGAACUUGUAGAAAACCGGUGGUUCCAAGUAGACCAGAAGAUUGUGGAUUUAAAAGUUUAUAGUAAACUUAAUCAACAGGGUAGUAACAGCUGCUCAAAAGACAAUGGAGGAUGUAGCCAUAUUUGUUUACCAAACCCUGAAGGACAGACUUGUAAAUGUCCCCGUGGGUACUACUUGGCCGACACAAGCAAAUGUAUUGAAGCUGCCCAAUGCGCUGCACCAUUACAGUCCUGUAAGGAUGGCCAGAAAUGCAUUCCCAUGGAGCAAGUGUGUGAUGGUCGUGCAGACUGUCUGGAUGGAUCUGAUGAAAUGGGCUGUACCUAUCCAGAUAAAACCCAUUCAACACCAACACCUAAAAAGCCAGAGGCUGGAAAAAGAUUGACUCCAAAAGCAGCCCACUCUCUCCAGGCUCCCGAGUCCACCAAGGCUAGCUAUCAGGAUCCAGAAGGGAUGAAUUAUCCUGUCAGGAGAACACUAAACCCUCUGAUUCCUGCUAGAGAAAGCAAGACCUCAGACACCAAGGAAAGAGGGGCAUCUGUUCGGCCCGAAGACUCACAGAUGUCAAAACAUUUGCCCUGUAGCAGCGAUUUCUGUAAUGGGAGGGGAAUCUGUACCAUGGAAGGUGAGCUGAGAAAAUGCAGCUGUCUGAUGGAAUAUGGCGGAGAGUUCUGCGAAGAGGCAGUGCGCGGACCUGCCCCUGGCUACAUCGCCCUCAGCUUAAUCAUUACCUUAUCAGUUGUUCUGGUGGCUCUGGGAGCAUACGUAUAUUUCAAAAGAGAACACGAAUUUAAAAGAAACAGUACAGCAUCAUCGAGAAAUUCGACCUGCUAUAAAGAAAGUGACCAAGAAGAAGUAAAUCUAAUGAAUAGUGAGACUUUUGUCAAUGAAGCCUAUGAUGAACAGGAAUUGUUAACCUCUUUACAGACUGACUAACCUGGUAAAGCAGGAGCUGAAACAUCUCAAUAAAAAUUGUUUACACGUUU